UCGAUAAUGUCACCAACACCCUAUGAAACGUCUGUGCUCGUCUCUGCUUCUCUACGCUUCUUGAAACCACAACUUUUAGAACAAGUCUGCCUUUGGCUAGCUGUGCUGCACGCGACAGAACAAAGUUGCCAUCCAUCAUCUCCAAUCAAACGCUGAUCCGGCGUUUCCCGCAGUGCUGAUUGGUUAAUUUACGAUUAGGGCGGGCGCAUUCUUGCUGUCCGCCAGGCAGCAGUGACUUCAGUAUUUUGCCGCGAGGAGCUCGUGGGACAGAUGAAACCCUCACCUGGAGCUAGACGGUCGUCCACAGUGCACCUGUUUAGACAAAGGCUGUCCAACCGUUAUGAAAAGCCUGAAAGCAAAAUUUAAAAAGAUUGAGAGUCAGGACUGGAGUAAGAGUGAUGAAAGGCUCUUGCAGGCUGUGGAGCAGAAUGAACCCGAUAAAGUCUCAGCUCUCAUUGUCAAAAAAGGUCUCUGUCCUACCAAGCUGGAUGCUGAGGGCAAGUCGGCGUUUCACCUCUCUGCAUCCCGAGGCCGGCUAGAUUGUCUGGAGGUUAUCAUCUCUCAUGGUGCAGACAUCAGCGUCACUGAUGGGGCUGGCUUCAGCGCCCUUCAUCUUGCAGCCAAAAAUGGCCAGUCUGAGUGCUUAAAGAGACUGUUACAGGAAAGAAUGGCGGUAGACUGCACGGACAGCAUUGGAAGGACACCACUCCAUCUUGCAGCGGUCAGUGGUUGCAUGUCCUGCACUGAGACCCUGUGGGACUUUAAAGCCAAUCUGGAUGCCCAGGACACUGACGGGGCCACCCCUCUGAUAUUGGCAGCCCAGAUGAGUAGAGUGGAACUGUGUGUCUUUCUAUUGGGUCGAGGUGCAAAUGCAAACAUACAAGAUAAUCAAGGAAGGUCUGCGUUGAUGCUGGCCUGUGAGAGUGACAGCGUUGAGACUGUGGAGGCUCUGCUGAGAGGUGGGGCCAACACACAGCUGGUCGACGGCCUCGAACACAAAGCUACCGACUACAGCGUAACCACAGGCAACCAACGUAUCAUUGAGAUGCUGCAGGAUGGAGUACCUUCAGUCUCUGAGGGCGCAGGGGAGGAGCCUUCCCAAACCCCCUCAGCCGCUUCAUCAGUGCAAGGGGGGACUACCCCCCGCAAACGGAAAGCUCCUCCACCACCUCGGUCUCCUCUUCAGGGCGUGUCACCUUCCCAAAAGUCCCAGAGUUCAGCUCCUCCUGCCCACUCUCCAGAGCCCCAUCAGUCCCAGUCCCCACCUCCCUCUCCCCAGCCUCAAGAAGCCCAGCAGUCACCCCAGGCUGAAGACGAGGAGGUGUUUGAGGAGAUUCGGCGGCUGCGUCUGGAGAGAGGCCGUCUGCUCCAGAAGAUCAAAGCCUUGGAGCAGCAGCAGCAGAGUGCCCUCUCUGCCUUGGAGGAGCUUUCCCAACUAAAGAAACGUCUGGAGGAGGCAGAGGCAGAGAGGGACAAACUGCUUGAGGAACUGAAAGCAGUCCAUGGUAUUGGGGCGAGUGACUCUGAGGACCUGGAUGAAAUGCUGGACUUCCCAGAAAAGCUGCUCUCCAAGCGCUCCAGAGCCUCCCCUGCUCAGGAUGAGGUCUCUUCUCAAACGGACAUCGACUCAGUCAGCCCCUCUCCUGCCCCUGCAGACCCAGGAGCUGUUGCUGAGCUGCAUAAACAAAUAGAGGAACUUACUUCCCAGAAUGCUGAACUUGUUCUGAAAGUUCAGAUGUUGGAGAUGUUCGAGAAGGAUGACACAGACAUGCAGACCUCCAGUUCGGACUUUGUCCCUCUCGUUCAGUAUGAAACCCUGAGAAAAGAGUAUGAAACCCUUCAGGAGCGCUUCUCUCAGGCCCAGGCUUCAGCAGAGGCUUCAAGUGUGGAAGAGCAGCAUGAUGAUGAGCGCUCUCAGGGAGGAGCUGCAGAUUCAGAGAACACAGCAGCUCUGAAGGAGAAGCUGCGUGAGCUGGAGGAGCAGUUGGCCUCUUCCAAAUCUGAGCUGGAGGAGCUAAAGGAGCAGAUGCGUGUCGGGGUGCUUUCUGUGGAGUGUGGUAUAGGGGAUAUUGCUGCAGCAGGUGCUGGGGCUUCAGAGGAGGGCCCGAGCCAGGAGGCAGAGCAGCUGAGAGCCAGGGUGACAGAGUUGGAGGAGGAGCUUUCUAAAAGAACGGGUGAGGCUGGGGGUCAGAGCAAUUCGGACAGUGACAUAAUCAAACAGCUGACAGAGAAAGUAAAGGAACUCCAGGCUGCUCUGGCCCAGAAGGAGUCUACGAAAGAGGAAGAGGAGAAAGAGGAGAAAGAAGACAAAAUAGAUCCAGAAACAGUGAAGUGCCUACGUGACAAAGUUGCUAAGUUGGAGGCAGCCCUGGCAGAGAGCAGGUUAUCAGAAAAAGAUGGAGGCGGAGCAGGAGAUGGAGAUCAGGUCCAUCGCCUUCAGGAGCGUUUGCACGAGCUGGAGGGAGAACUGAGGAAAUGUGUGCCCCGCUCGGAGCUGGAGGAGGUGCAGGUGAAUCUGGGACUCCAGUGUGAGCAGCUGGCAAGGGAGAGGGCGGAUGUGGCUAGAAGGCUCAACGAUGCCCUCCUGGAGCUGGAGAGACUCAGACCUCCACCACACGGAGAAGAGGAAGAUGAAGAGGAGGAAGAGCAUUCAGAGAGUUCAGAGCCCUCAGUCAUAUCAGAGCACUCCAGACGCUCCUUAGCAGCAGUGAGAGAAGAACUUGAAGUAGCGAGGCAGGAAGCAGCUCAGGCUCUGGAUUGUCUGUGCGCCGAGCGAGAGAGCCGGGCACAGGACGCCCUGCAGCUGAAGGACACGGUGCCACUUGUGAAACACAAAGAGGCGCUGUCUGCGGUGUCAGAACAACUCGCUCAGACACUGCAGGAGCUCCAGGAAGAAAAAACCCUUCGGGGCCACGCUGAGGAGCAGGCUGCCUCACUGGAGGCUAAACUGCAGGCCAUGCAGGAUGCCAUUCCCAAAGAGGAGCAUGAGAAAGUCAAGGCAGAGCUCCAGCACGCCCUGCAGGAAAGUGAGAGCGGUGCAGCAGCAGCUCGGGAUGCUCUGAGUGAGAAGGAGAUGGAACUGAGAGAGCUGAAAUCCCAGAAGGCUGCAGAACAGGGUCUGAUUUCUAAGGAGGAUCACGAGGCCCUUCGGCUCUCUUUGCAGGCUGAGAUCAACGCCGUCACGGCCCGUUUCAACGAUCUUACUCGGAAACACGAGAAGACCUGCACUGAGGUAUUCCAGGUACAAAGGGAGGCACUCUUUAACAAGAGUGAGCGGCAGGUCGCAGAGUCGCAGCUCGCCACCGUUCAAAAACAACUUGCUGAACUACAAGCCCAGUCGACCCAUAUCCAGGAACUCCACAAAGACAUCCAGGAAUCGCAGAGCCUCGUGAAAGAGAAGGACCGCAAGAUAACAGAGCUGUCAAAGGAGGUGUUCCGACUGAAAGAGGCCCUGGGUGCUCUCUCGCCUCCUCUCGGAAUCACCUCUUCCUCCUCAUCAACCCAUCACGGUAACCCUGGACAGCAAAUGGCUCUGCAGAAUAGGAUCGCCAUCCUCACUCAACAGCUCCAGGAUUGGGAGAGAAAGCACAAACAAGUGGUGACUGUAUACCGCUCACACUUACUGGCAGCUGUGCAGGUCAGUUCACUGUAA